AUGUCGGAUUCCCCCCAAUCUCCUCCAAAGGACGUCGAGCCAGGUGUACAGUCACCCGACGAUGAAGCACAAAUGAACGACCCUCAGGACCCACACGGCUCUGGCCUCGCCUAUGAGUUCGAGUCUGCUUUUGCGUUUUGGCCUGCAAGCUUCGAAAGAGAGCAUCGCUCCCUGCGGAGCUCUGACCGCGGCGCGUCCGUCAAUUGGUGCUUUAUCGGCUUUAUGGGCCCCCUUAGCUCGAGACAGCCGCGCAUCAGCAGAAGGCGUCUAUGUCUCACGAUUCGUCCUCCAAGUCGCCGGAAGCGCCUCGCGCUUCCAAAGCAGACAGUUGCCCGGAUCAUGAAGACUGCCCUGCCUGAGAAUGCCAAGAUCGCAAAGGAGGCAAAAGAGUGUAUGCAGGAGUGCGUGAGCGAGUUCAUCUCCUUCAUCACUAGCGAAGCAUCGGAGAAAUGCCACCAGGAGAAAAGGAAAACCGUGAACGGCGAAGACAUUCUGUUCGCCAUGACGUCUCUAGGCUUCGAGAAUUAUGCAGAAGCAUUAAAGAUAUAUCUGUCCAAAUACCGAGAACAGUCCCAGUCCAACCGGGGUGAAAACCAGCAGAAUAGGCCGAACAGCCAAGGUUACGGAGCCAAUGCUCCCAGCGGAUCCGGCGCGGCUGGAACCUCAGGCUUUCAAGGAAGUGACGGAACGGGAGGUAUUGGCGAAUCAGGUGAAGGCUACAUCUACACCCAACCUAGUCACAACGGCGCGGCCGGCGAGACCUAUUAA